UGAACGACAGAUCCCGUCACUAACUCUGACUCUGAACCCGACCCUUUGCCAUCGGUAGUUGAUUCCUCCACUGGCGAGGAGGAGAUUGAGCCAAUGCCCACAGUGGAUGAGGCCAUGGACUCUGAUUAGUAGCCCUUGCUGGGCUCAAUCCUUGGGACUUCUGGAGCCGUCCUUUGAGAGGGGGGUUCUGUCAUGUAUUAAUGUUUAAGCUAUUAAUGUUUCAUCAUAUUGCAUGUAUUAACGUUGCAGCUAUUAAUGUUUCAGCAUAUUGCAUCACACUCAUGCAUCACAAAGCUUUCGUCACAUGUUACUGUGUACCCUUUAUUAUGUCACAAAGAGCAACUGAGAACACUAUAUAAGCCUCGAGCAGACAACAUCCAGUGUAAGGUCGUCAGCGAUUCAGCAUAUGUUUGCAUGUCAACUAGUCAUUACCGCUUGACCUGAUUGCUUCCUUUGCCUGUCAAAAUCAAUAAAAUCUUGUGUCUGCAAUACGCAACUGGUUCCUCCGUCUCGUACAUGACAGGUGAACGACACGACACACACCUAGGACUGACACACCUUCCUACCUUUGUUCCCGGACAAGUAAGGCACCAGAUUGUUGCUCAGGUGCUGCUGACUGUUGCUUGGACGCUGUCAGUUGAUGAAUCCCCUAUCUGGCACUUGUGACUUCGCCGUUCUCCUUUGGGUAUUUUCAAGACGUGUGCAUGGUUUUGGCUGCCACAGGUAUACAUCAACCACAUUUUAGGACACAAUACCUGCAUGGACAAUUUGAGACAGCGCUGGCGCUUGGGAAGGAACGCGGACGAUGUGAAAGCCGGGAGAAACGAGUCACUACUCUUCAAAAAAGAAGACAACCCUCCACUCAGGAAAGAAUGGCUGACAAUUGCAGUGUUUUCUGUGAUUUUCCGUAUGGUCAACUGUUUCCUGGUUCAGAGCAGCUUCGUUCCAGAUGAGUACUGGCAGUCCGUGGAGGUUGCCCAUCACAUGGUCUUCAAUUAUGGCCACCUGACAUGGGAAUGGAAGGAAGGCAUAAGAGGCUACAGCUAUCCUCUCUGCUUUGCAGUCAUCUAUAAAAUACUACACUGGAUACACUGUGACUCUGCUUAUCUCCUGAUAUGGCUACCCCGAGUACUUCAUGCGCUCGUCACUGCAUUUGCAGAGUUCAAAUUCUUCUUCCUUGUCAGAGAACUGGAAAAACGAGAUGUCGCAAAGUGGACGUUUUUUGCUCAUCUGUGCUCGUGGUUCACGUGGUACUCUUGCAGCAGGACGCUGAGCAACAGCGUGGAGGCUGCCAUCACCUGCCUGGCUCUGGCCUAUUUCCCCUUGCCAGCAUCCAAAACACAUAGCAGCAAAAAAUAUUUGAGCCUGGUUGCAUUGGCGAUCAUUGUUCGCCCGACGGCCUUGAUCGUCUGGCUUCCGCUGUUGCUGUACCAUUUCUGGCAGGAUGAAAACAAAGUGAGGCUAGUGGUUCACAACUACAUUCCCAUAGGUGCUUCAGCCAUUUUGAUUUCAACAAUAAUUGACUCCUUCUUUUAUGAAAAGGCGAUCCUGGUGCAGUUCAACUUCCUGAAGGUGAAUGUCUUGGAUGGCGUGGCCGACUUAUACGGCACCUACCCCUGGCACUGGUACCUCACUCAGGGCUUCCCGGUAAUCAUGGGCCCCCACGUGCCAUUUUUUUUUCACGGAUGCUACCUCGCUUUCAGAAGGUACAGAAUUCUCUUUGUGGCCAUCGCCUGGACCAUCGCCGUCUACAGUUUGCUUCCUCACAAGGAGUUUCGAUUCAUCUACCCUGUGCUUCCCUUUUGUAUGAUCUUCUGUGGUGUGUCACUGGCUCAUAUGCGAGCGUGGCGUCAAGCAGCUGCUUGGGGUCUGUUGGUGUCCAACCUGAUCCUCGCCCUCUACACGGGCCUGGUUCACCAGCGUGGAGUUUUGGACAUUAUGAGCCAUGUCCGCGCACUUUGUGACAACACGUCAGAGGCGGAUGUCCUCUUCGCUAUGUCCUGCCAUUCCACGCCGUACUACAGCCACGUCCACUGCCCACUCAAAAUGCGGUUCCUGGAGUGCCCGCCUGAUCUGGGCCAGCCAAACUACGAAAACGAAUCGGACAGAUUCAACGAGAACCCCCUACUUUGGCUCAGGAUUUCGUAUCCGCACGCACAUUCUCUUCCGACGCAUCUGAUUCUCUUUGACGUUAUGGAGAAGAAGAUCUCAACAUUUCUGCACAAAAACAACUACACCAGGACAACAGACAUUUUUCACACUCAUUUUCCCGAGGGAGGAGUUGGAGGAAGAAUCUUUAUUUAUGAACGACACCGUCAACUGUCCAAUGUCACGCGAAAGCUGACCGAAUGGGUCUAAUGGUAAAGUGCAAAAAAUAAUUUAGAAUCCAGAAAAAAAGUGAGAGCUAGCAGUUUUUUUUCUCCCUCCACAUGCACAUGAACUCCUUCACUUCCAUUGAUGAGCUGGCAGUGAAUUUUUAAGAAUGAAAAAUAAAAGGAAUGUAAGAAAGCAAUUGCGUCAAACAAACUUACCGUUGGAAUCACACAUUUCCCCCCCCUCAGAGAAUUUAGUUUGCAACUGGUAGAUGUCCAGUCCAUUUGAACUGUGAGGGUUGAAAUGGAUUGGACGUCUAUUGCUGUCAGUGUCACCCAAAGUCAAAUCAGGUCAGACCAACACAACGUUACAAUUAAAGAACAUUUGAAAUUCCAGACUGGACUCAAAAAACAGCAUGUGAACAAUAAUUGAAGUACUAUUUUUCAAGGCUUUUCCCUACAGACCGAAUUUUGUGCCUUCAAACAAAGUUGCUCAUUCCAAAUCCACAUGAAGCCAAUGUCAAGACAUUUAAAGUGCGUCUGAAAAUGUUCCCACGGAAGCAACGCAAAACCACCCAUAGGACAGUCAGUAGCAUUAAAACAUUAGAACAUGGUGCAAACUAACAAAGAGCGCAGUACAAUUCCUCCCCAAACAGUCCAGAAGUGUUCAGUAUUUGGGACCCAAUGGCACGGGGCCCAGUUCGAUUUUGACGUCAGCCACGGGCCCGUUUCUCCGCUCGCUGUGAUGCCGCGCCCUUUGUCUCUGCUGCCGACGACCUUGAUGCUUGGUCCUCGACUGCUCCUUGGUGUACGGGCCCGGUCGUUCCAGAGGCCCGCUGUAGUAUUACAUGGAAAAAUACAAGGAGAGGACAGUCAUUGCCCAUGGUUGUUUGAACCCUUAUCAGGCAACUCAGAACGUGUCUACGGCGACAAGUUUACGCAUAUCAUCUUUGAAGCCUCAUUGUUUCAUUUUUAAAGAUUUUUUUCCCAAAUCAGAGUGGAAAAUAAGUAUUUGGUCACCUACAAACAAGCAAGAUUCCUGGCUGUCAAAGAAGUCUAACUUCUUCUAACGAGGUCUAACAAGGCUCCAACCGUUACCUGUAUUAAUGGCACGUGUUUUAACUCAUUAACUGUAUACAAGACACCUGUCCACAAUCUCAGUCAGUCACACACCAAACUCCACUAUGGCCAAGACCAAAGAGCUGUCGAAGGACACCAGAGACAAAAUUUUGGACCUGCACCAGGCUGGGAAGACUGAAUCUGCAAUAGGUAAAACGCUUGGUGUAAAGAAAUCAACUGUGGGAGCAAUUAUUAGAAAAUGGAAGACAUACAAGACCACUGAUAAUCUCCCUCGAUCUGGGGCUCCAUGCAAGAUCUCACCCCGUGGCGUCAAAAUGAUAACAAGAACGGUGAGCAAAACCACACAGGGGGACCUAGUGAAUAACCUACAGAGAGCUGGGACCACAGUAACAAAGGCUCCUACUCAGUAACACAAUGCGCCGCCAGGGGCUCAAAUCCUGCACUGCCAGAUGUAUCCCCCUGCUGAAGCCAGUACACAUCCAGGCCCGUCUGUGGUUCGCUAGAGAGCAUUUGGAUGAUCCAGAAGAGGCCUGGGAGAAUAUGUCAGAUAUCAGAUGAAACCAAAAUAGAACUUUUUGGUAGAAACACAGGUUCUCGUGUUUGGAGGAGAAAGAAUACUGAAUUGCAUUCGAAGAACACCAUACCCAUCAUGCUUUUGGGCUGUUUUUCUGCAAAGGGACCAGGACGACUGAUCUGUGUAAAGGAAAGAAUGAAUGGGGCCAUGUAUCGAGAUCUCCUUCCAUCAGCAAGCUUUCAACAUGACAAUGAUCCCAAACACACAGCCCUUCGUAAGAAGCAUUUCAAGGUCCUAGACUGGCAGCCAGUCUCAAGAUCUCAACCCCAUAGAAAAUCUGUGGAGGGAGUUGAUAGUCCGUGUUGCCCAACGACAGCCCCAAAACAUCACUGCUCUAGAGGGGAUCUGCAUGGAGGAAUGGGGCAAAAUACCAGCAACAGCGUGUGAAAAGCUUGUGAAGAGUUACAGAAAACGUUUGGCCUCCGUUAUUGCCAACAAAGGGUACAUAACAAAGUAUUCAGAUGAACUUUUGGUAUUGACCAAAUACUUAUUUUUUUUAUAAAAAUCAAACA